CCCACCCUGACGUUAAUAAACAGGUCGGAGAAAGGGGGGUUCCUCCUCCUCCUUGUAGCAGACCCUCUCAAUAUGUCUCUACUGGGUUUGUAACUUUCGCCUGACUUUGUCUUGACCUGGUGUCUGGGUCAAGAGGAGUGGGUGUUAGGGGACAGUGGUUUCCUAAGAGACGACAACAAACCACUUGGUAUUCUUAACUCUCACCAGCGUAAAAAAAACCCACACAGAUUAACACACGUACACCCCCCGCCCCCCUGGUCAUAACUACCACACCUUGACGGUAAAUAAAAACAAAAUUUGUGAUUCUGAACGUCUAAAAAAACAAAAAAAAAACAGUUAUAUUGAUGUUUAAUGAUGAUGAUCUGUAACUGAGGUUAAUGUAGUGGUGGUGAUGUGAUACACUAUACCAACCCUUAUAUACUGAAGGUGUUAGACGGAACGAGUACUGUGUAUGUGUGUGUGAGUGUGUCUGUGUGUACUAAGCCAUGUAUAUUGUGUAGAGAACAACGUGGGUAUCAACUUCUUCUAGUACACACAGCCAAGAAUUAAAAUGUGACCUGGAAAUUAUAUGUCACAAACUUACAAGUAUUUCAGUGUUACAGUAACGACAACUAAGUAAACGACUGAAUUCGUAUCAGAAAACAUUGUAAACAAAAAAUUGCAGUAUUAUGUAAACACGAAAAUCGUUUACGAAUGAUAAAAGUAGAGAAGUUGUUUAUAAGCAAGUUAACUCUACCCUGAAGUGACCAAACAAACACACGUAAACAAGGUCAUUAAAUCAACCAUGUGUGUGUGUGUGUGUGUGUAAACUGUUUAUAAUGACAGUUUACGUUACCAUUAGAGGCAGAAAAAAUAUGUAAAUAAAAAAAAAAAAAACCAACGAAGCAAAACAAAAAUAAAAAAAAGUGAAACGUAAGAGAACGUUGAAUAAAAAAACAGAGGAAGUAAGAAGAAAAUAAAUUACCAAGACACAUAAAGAUCAUUUCCUCAACCAAGAAGACAGGAUUUCCACCCAUAAGGAUCCGCUAAUUGGCCAGGACCCCGUUAUAGUGAUCAGGAUCAGCUGAUUGGCCAGGAGGACCCCGUUAUAGUGAUCUUGACAUCUGUUAAGACACACCUGCGUCCAUCACUUCAUUAACUCAGCUAUUGAUGUGAAAACCCUUGGAGAUAAUGGUUCUGGCGUACUGAACACCUGUGUCUGUCAUUAUCAACACCUGCAGCUGAACACAGGAGCCGACACCUGUACCUGGACGUGACUGCAGGUGUACGCUCAUUAAUCACGGCGUCACACCUGCUCGCCAAUCUUCAGGACGUAAAACAUCUGUUCGAUGCGUGAAACUCGUAUGAAGACGAAGUGGGGUAUGGAACAGGUGUACAGUGACCAAUAGGAACGUGAAACAGGUGUACAGUGACCAAUAGGAACGUGAAACACCUAUUUAGUUAUAAGAAAAUAAACCAACCAGAGUAAAUACAUAAGAAUUUGGGCCUUUGAUUGGUAGAGAGAAUAAUGUUCAACCAAUAAGAGAAUAGAAAGUAUAUAUAACAAAAUGAUAACUACCCGCACAAAGUAGAAUACUAUACUUUCACUAACAAAACGUUUCAACCUUUCUACUGGUGUACGAGUGUGAAAACUAAAUUUACUUUCUCCAACAAACAACAACAACAAAAUUUAAAUAUUCAUCGUAAACAAAACACCAGCGAAAAUAUACUACAUUCUCUAGCAAACAAUUGUAAACAAACAAACUGUUAAUUUAUAAAGAUUGACGUUGAGGAAGAAAGAGAAGAGACAAAGAAGAGAAUAAGAGAAUAGAGGAAAAUUAACAAGAAAAACAGGUAUAGGAAUCACUGAGAAAGACAUAAUCAAGAAAACUAAGAAAGAGAAGAAAGAAGCAAGAGACAAUCAAGUAAAGUAAGCAAGAAAACAAUAAAAAUACCAACAACAUACAAGGAAAACAAGGAAAAAUAUCACCAAACAAGUAAACAAACUGACUUUUUCUUGGUAAACAAAAACAAUGAUAAUACCUUAAAAACAGUAUUAAAACAAACAAACAAUAAAAGAUACCGGGGAUAAGAAAGUAAGCAAGAAUAAAUAAACAAGAUAUACAAAAAAAUUCAAAAAAUAAAUUCGAAAAAAUAAGAAAAUAAAUCAGGGAAAAAUAAAUAAUAAAUUAAAUAGAAAAUCUAAAAAAAUAAUUAAGUAAAAGCAAAAAAUAAUAAUUCCCAAAAGACGAAAAAGUAAAAUAAACGAAAAUUUAACUAAUUAGCAAGAUAAAAAAUUAAAACACAGAUAAACAGACAAAUCAGGUAAAACAAACAAUCUUCUUCUGGCAGUCGUGUAAACAAUGCAAACAACAGUAGAUUGAUUAAUAAAAGUCAACAUUGCAUGAGAGAUCACGUUGCAAGGAAGAGGAGGAGAGAGAUAUUUGGUAACUGGGAGAAGGUGACUGACGCCAAGCUGUUGAAAAGACGAGAGACGAGAUUACCAGGAAAUAAGCAACGCCAUCUUUGGUCUUUUAGGACAGUCAGGCGAGUAAGUUCAAUCUCAGUAAAGGCAAAGCAACAACGUGAAGAUAGAUAUUGACACAAGCACAACAUAUAUCCCCUGCCUCCCCACUGUCUUGGUUAACCUCACGUGAAGAACUCCCUAGACGUGAAGACAAGGCAAAGAAAUACUCCAAAUAAUAUCUUGUACACAGAUUCCAACUCGUGUAAGAGGGAGGGAGAGAGAGAAUUUAAGAGACAUGACCACAGUACCUCCGUCUUCCCUUCGUCAGGUAUUUUCCUCUCUAUUACAAACAAUAUAGUCGACAGGUAAUGCUAGUGUUGACUCUGAAGGGGUAGGGAGAGAGAGAGGUCAGUACUCGCCUGUAAAUACAAGAGUAAGUCCUGCUGUGGAGCUUGACAGAAUAGAGAAAGGGAUCAACGUCCAGGGGCGAGUGUGGAACUGCAUACUUGAGAGAUUGGUGGACGCUGAACUGCAUUUAGAAUAGCACUGGUAAAAAUAGAAACAGCAUUUACAGCACACCAAGGCAGGAUACAGAGGGAGGACCUGUAUCUGCCUGAAGGUGACACAGGCAGGAUACAGGGGAGGACCUGGUAGGAUACAAGGGAGGACCUGUAUCUUCCUGAAGGUGGAACAAGGCCUAACACCAUCCCAUUCAGCGUCUUAACAUGAACAGUAAACAAGAUGACGUCGCGUGAGUGUGUGAAACAAAGUGACUCACAAAUGACGACCAACAGCCCACGAGUGUUCCCUGAGUGUGUUGUGGAGCGUCGGGGACAAACACACACUCAAACACGAAACUACAAGUGAGAGUUUCAAGGCGAUGAACAACUCAAAGGAACAUUAUAGAAAGUUCCAAGAUAAUGAAAAAAAUGUGGAGGAAUUUUACACUGGAAUUAUCAGACAAUGAAAUCUUAAGAGUGUCCCCGGGCAGAAUAAACUCGAGGGAUCUGUGUAUAAAACCUGCCAGAGUUGAAAGCUGUGUUGUAACAAUACUUAAAGUUGUAGAAGCAAACAUGAGGCACUGGGGAGAAAUAUACCCGAGACGGUAAGAGCAGGUUAACACGAGUGACGGAUAUAUCAGGUCAACAGGACUGAUAUAGGUGGGAUAAAUAUAUAAUCAAGGUCACUGGGCGUGUUGUGUCGUGUCGUGUCGUGUUGUGGUGAGAUUUAAGUGUGUAUGUGUGUGGUGUUCGUAGUAACUCUCGCCACAUGAGGGAGAGGAAACAGUGUUGACGUUUUCUCUCUCCUGGUGGUGAAGUUGUUCACGUGGAAAGAAUUAAAAAGUUAACUUAGAGCGAAGUGUGUCCACCUCUUGUGUGUGUUCGUGAGGCACUCAUGUACUGAAUACAGCCACAGCCGAAUCUAGUGGGUCAUAAGUGUAUUGACUCGUACUGCUGCUGUUGUCGGUCACUGGGACAAGAGUCUGACGUGACCAGUGGAAGGCAGUGAUGUGUUGACCAAGUUUACCGUAAAGAUGGCGUGGCCGUCACCAGGUAACGGAGGUGUGGCAGGUGUGAUGGCCACCUCCAGUCUGCUUCUCAACACAGCUGUGUCCACCACCAUCACCCCGGCAAACAUGACCUUCCUGGACACACCCAUGCUGGACAAAAACUCGAGUUUCCUGGACACGUGGGAGAACUGUACCCAGCCUUUAGGACACGUAGACUGGACGGACAUAGGGAUGCUGACCUCCCUCACGGUGCUGAUGGUGAUCAACGUCCUGGUGGUGGCUGGCAACUGUCUAGUCAUCCUGGCUGUAUUCCUCUCCAGUAAGCUUCGCACCGUCACCAACCUCUUCAUCGUCUCCCUGGCCGUCGCCGACCUCCUGCUGGGGAUGGCGGUGCUCCCCUUCAGCGUCACAGUGGAGGUGUUCGACACGUGGCUCUUCGGGAAGCUCUGGUGUUCAGUCUGGCUCGCCGUCGACGUCUGGAUGUCCACCGCCUCUAUACUGAACCUGUGCGUCAUCAGCCUCGACCGGUACGUGGCAGUGACGAGGCCGGUGUCGUACCCGUCGUUGAUGACGUCAUCGAGGGCCAAGCUGUUGAUCGCCUCCGUGUGGAUCACCUCCUUCGUCAUCUGCUUCCCGCCCCUUGUAGGCUGGAACGACCGCCACAAGAACCUGGUGUCGGCCUCCUCCCCCACGUCUGACGGAGGCACCGGGGAGGGAGGAGGAAGCCUGGACGACGAGGUCUCGUGCCACCUCUCGUGCGAGCUGACCAACGACGUGGGGUACGUGGUGUACUCCGCCCUGGGCUCCUUCUUCAUCCCCAUGUUAGUGAUGCUCUUCUUCUACUGGAAGAUCUACUGCGCCGCCGCCGAGACCACCAGAGCCAUCAACCAGGGCUUCAGGACCACCAGGAACAAAAAGAUCUUCGGCAGCCGUUUCCAGGAGGAGCGGCUGACGCUGAGGAUCCACCGAGGACGUAACUCUGUGCAGGAACACAACUCCCACCACCACCACAACUCGGCGGAGCGGCGCCACAACGGCCAGAGUAACAACCACCACCACCACAGGAAGAACAGUCCCAAGGGUAAAGUGAGCAGCAUCAAGAUGAAGAACUUAAGGCCGCAGCUCAUCAUGAAGUCCAGCAUCUCCCUCCCGCCUGACAUGAAGUACGACGGCAACAACUUCGCCCUGUCCGAGAGGUGCGACCUGUGUAACGCCCAGUGCUCCAGGGACCACAGUAACGUCGAGCUCCUCUCCGUCAGCAGGAACGACAACAGCAGUAAGACGGACUCCUGUUACACCGUCGACACCAACUUCUCAGAGAUAGAUUCUACGUCUCAGAGACUCCAACCUGGCGGUGGCGGCGUAGGCAGUGGCGGUGGCAGCGGUGGCGGUGGUGUUGGCAGUGGUGGCAGUGACGGCCUGACGCCAAGCUCAGAAUGCCCGCCACCCACUCCCUCAGGAUGGGGCGGCGGAACAUCAAGGUACAAGUGAAGAGGUUCAGGAUGGAGACCAAAGCCGCCAAGACGCUGGGGAUCAUCGUCGGGGUGUUCAUCCUGUGUUGGUUCCCCUUCUUCACCAUGUACCUGGUGAGGGGGUUCUGCCCCACCUGUAUACACCCGCUGCUCUUCUCCGU